UUUGUGUGUUGUGGUGGUAUUCUGUGUGUGUGCAGCCAAUUGACUUUAUUUCAAAAGGAAAGAAACUUUGAAAAGUUAAGCUUUGGUUGUCGACUGCAGAAUCGCUGCUUUGCUCGAGGGAUUUAGUGUGAAAUUAACAGUGUUACUAAAUAUUCGUAGAGUGUUUAAUGUAGUUUGCUUAUUGCCCCUGAAUCCCUUCAAAAUACUGCAGUGGAUGGAAGUAUAUUCUUCAUGGCUGAGGAACUUCUACUUAGGUACUUACAUCAGGACAUGUCAAACAAAGACUGGGCUUGCUCCUCAUCAUUAAGAGAUUCAGAAUCUCCACAUUUGGAAUAUGCUCUCUCCGGAUGAUUUUUUUAAGUAGACCUGUUGUUGCAUAGAAGUCCGUUCAUUCUGAAUCUCAAAAUUGGAUUGCAUAUGAACCUGGCUGAUGGAUCUAUGUUCAGUUCAAAAGGAAUCCCCGCUCAAUUCAAAAGGAUCUCUAGCAGUGUAGUUUACUCUAGCAUAUAUUUCAAUUAAAGUUUCCCUGAUUGAACGGAAAAUAUGUGAUUCCAGUUGACUGUUGUUUGGACGGACUUAGUCUUACCAUCUAUCAAAAAAACAGUCAAGUAUUGUGAAUUAGAUUACUGCCUUUGACCAACUGAAUCGUCUGUCAGUCAGUGCUCAUGACGACUGUACUUUGGUUAAGAAUUGUCUGGAAUAAAACGAAAUCCCAAUUGCUCAUGGUUGCCAGAUGAAGAAAUGAAGUUGAUCUGAAGUUCAGUUGUAUGUUUAGUACUUUUCAAUGGAUUUUAAAAUGCAAUGCACUUUUGAUGACAAGCGUUCUCCAAUUUGCCAAGAGGCUCCAGUAAGUUUGCAGAUGAUUGAUUUAGACUUAGAAAAUUCACUUCAUAACUUUAACAAACUUUUUCCGCCAGAUGUUGACGAGCUACUAAGUGAUAAGAAUCUAUCUGACGUUUCUAAGGAUGUUGAAGGUACGAAUCAGGACAGUGUUAAUCAAAGACAAUCGGAAAGUGAAAUGUUUUCCUCCAGAAAUGGAUGCAGUGCAAAGGAUUUUAAAUGGGAUGACGAAAAAAUAAAGGAGUUAUCUGAAAUAAGAAGCCAACACCAUGAUACAUCAUCGGAAACCCAGCCCUGCCAAGGCCUGGAAAAUUUAGCUUUCUCUUCAAGUGUGGAGCCUCAGCACAGCAUAAAUGGAAACACUGAUUACAGGCCAAAAGUAACAAAUGACAAAAGAGCGGAUGGAAUCGAUACAAGCUGCAGUGCCAGUUCUAAUACAAAGAAACUCAUGAACUCAGUGUCCAUGAAUUCAACAGAUUCUGGCAUAAAUGAAGAAAUUACUUAUUCCAGAAUCAAAGAUAGCUCUCUGCAACCGUCUUAUCUUCGAAAGCAAAAUGCAUCGGAGGAUUUCAAAAGUAGUGAGUCUUCAUCUGAGGCUAGUUCAUCACUUUCGUUAACUGAGUAUUUUGCUGAGGAUGAUUCUCUUCUACAGUCGCUCUUGCAUAAUAGCCAUGUUUGGAGUUUUAUGAAAAGUAGCCAAAUCAAAAGGCUCUCCAUGCCGCGCAAGUCAAAUUUACAGCCCCACACGGUUAAACGAUCAAGAUCUGUUUCGGAGAUUGACAACUUCGUUUAUCAUUCAAUGGGCUCUCUGGAUUCUGCGCAGAGUGCACAAAGAGGAGAUACUAAUAGGACUCAGGAUGGCUCUCAGUCUUUCACUGGACAUGAGCAAAAGCAAUCUGCUGACAAGCUCUCAACUAACGACUCUUUGAAACGCACUAAGACUACAUCCUCUAACCGAUGUCAUUCACUCUCCAGUGUGGACUGCAACGAAGACAUCGAUUGGCAUUGGCUGGACGACCUGCUCAGGGUGGAAAAGCAGGGCUCCCGGGCUUCGGGGCCCGCGGCGGCGACAGAGACCUGCUUCCUGCACGAGCCCGGGGCCGGGGGUGGCCCGGCGACCCCUUCGGCGCCCCCGGCACCUGCGGGACCCUCGAGGACCCGGCGCCCGAAGGCGACGUGGCUCCGGGAGUCGAUGCGCCGGGUGCGGCACUUCCGGCUCGGCGAACCGGAGUCUCCGGCGAGGGUGGUCGACGAGCGAAACGAGCCCCUCUUCCCGUGCGAGAUCCUCGAGCGCUCCACGUCGGCCCCGGUGGAGCGGCCGCGGCAGUACGGGCGCCGCCACUCGGCAGCUGCCGCUUCGCCGUCGUCGUCGCGCUUCGGCGAGGACGUCGUUGUGUCCCGCCCACGCGCGGAGCUGCUCCCGACCACGCCGGAGCACCUGCCCGUCACGCCGACCGCCCCGCCCGUGCCGCUCUGCGAGGAGUCCACCAGCACCGCGGGCUUUUCCUCCCCGGAAGCCUCCGACUCGGAGACUCAGCCGCCCAACCCCCCGGAUCACCCCGCUGACCCCGUGUCAGUCAUCAGGGCAUAUGAGAUGCCUCAAGUCUCAACAAGUCCUCAGGGGCAAUGGAGUCAUGGUCUCAGCUCCCUCCUGGCUUCACUGGGCUGCACUUUGGGGAUUUUCAAUAUCAGUCGUUUCGCUAUCCUCAGCGUCCAUUUUGGUGCGAAUUUUAUCAUGCAGUUCGUGAUUUUGUCACUCAUUGUCGGCGUACCUCUAUUCACGUUUCAUGUUUCCCUCGGGCAACUUCUGGCAAGUGGCGUCAUCGAUAUGUGGAGCAUAUCCCCGAUCUUCAAGGGGAUUGGCAUAGCUCUAUUGCUUUCACAAGCUAUGCUAGGUAUCUACAGCAUAAUCGGAGUAUCAUGGAUGUUCGUCUAUUUUCGCGACUCCUUCAUCACAAAGCAGGAUGUCUACAGAUGGGCCGAGCCGCUAGAUCUCAGUCGGGAAGAUGGUCUACCAGACUUCAGAAGGUCUAAUGCCACAUAUAAAUUAGAGGAGACUGUACCGGACUAUUUCAAUGGUGUUGUCUUACAGAGGCAAUAUUUACUGUCUCCUCCAUCUGAAAGUGGCAGUAUUAAAUUUUCUGUAGCUUUCAACCUAGCAGUAGCUUGGCUUAUUGUUUUCAUUUCUCUAAGUAAAGGUUUAAAAUCCUAUGGCAAAGUCAUCUAUGUAUUUUCUGCAGUUCCUGUGAUGGGUUUGUUCGUUCUCUGUGCAAAAAUGCUCGGUGCUGCUCCUGGAAUGUCUCAAAAUCAGGAAUUUUUUCUUGAGACUGAUUGGAAUGAAUUUUUUUUAAAUACAAAGAGCUGGACUGCAGCUUUUGUGGAAUCAUUUGCUACGUGGGGCAUGUUAGGUGCAUCUGCCAUGCAGAUAGCAUCACACAAUAAGCAGAAGAAUUUGCUACCCCGUGAUACUGGACUAGUCAUUAUUAUUACUCUAGCAGUUCUCAUUCUCUCCUCUUUCCUUGCUCAUACUUGUUAUCAACUUAUUUUAGCUCAUGGCUUUCUUUACAGCCCAAGUUCCUUUGAAAAAAUGUCCACCUACAGAUUUCUUCACAGACGGAAUUCUCCACAACCUCCAUCACACUAUGCCGUUGGCCCACAUCGAAUGCCCCAUAAUGGCCUGUUUCUCGGUGAGAGAGUAAUAAAUCCGAGCAUAAAUCCUAGGCAUGAAAGUGGUUACCAGGCACUUCGAUUUGCCACUGAACUAGUUCCUGCGACCUUUGCUCUUCUCGGAGCCGAUAAAGUCUCUCCAUUUUGGUCCGUCCUGUUUUAUUUCGUGCUGACAUUAUUUGGCAUCGCUCAGCAGCUGGCAAUUUGGCACUGUGUAGUGAGUGGCAUAAUAGCUGUUGAUGUGAAAUCUCUAAAACCAUGGGCAACAACUAUAACGUUUUUCACCUGCCUUUUCGCAUUUAUAAUCGGAUUACCAAUGACAUCAGAGCUUGGAAUCUUUGUAAUUUAUUACAUUGACUACUGUAUUGGCUCCAGUUGGUGGCUUGUGUUGCUUUAUUUACUGGAAAUCGGAGCUGUGUUCAUGGUUCGAGGGAGACCGUACAGUGGAGAAACAGUAGUGGCAACUCUGUUUUCGCAUACAUCUCAGCUCCUUCAAUCAUGGGUUGCCCCAAUGCUAUCCUUUAUUUGGAAUGUUAUUUUGCCCGUUGCUUUAAUGCUGUUAUCCACAACCAUAAUCAAGAAUGGAGGAUACAAGGUUUUAUACAACUGGCAAAUCCCCGGUUAUGAUUAUUGGCCAGUGUGGGGCCGCCAAGCGGGUUGCUUCAUUCAGCUAGCUCCGCUUGUCCUAGUACCGAUAGCAGGAGUUAUUCAAACUAUUCGCUAUUUGACCACUGGUCCCCCUGAUAUAUUUGAACGGAUACAACUUCUCUACCGACCGAGAAUUGAUCUGCAGCACAAUAUUCAUGAUAUGGCAGCCCAAGCGAAUUCAGAAAACAGUGGUGGACAUGGUGGUGGAAUACCCGUGGAAGAUCCGCCUCCGAAGUACACUCCACCCCCCUCUUACUCAACAGCCACCGGAGCAAGAAUUGCAAAGCUGUUGCGGCAAAGUCUGCGACGGAGUGUUCGAGGUAUCAGAAACAUACGUUCUGCACUUGGAACUCCCACUCAGACGAGGGACACUUAUGAUGUGGCCAAUCCUCCUGCAAGCCCUCGAGGACCUCCACCUCCCAAUUACGCAGCUGUUCUGGUGGAGAUUAAUCAGUCGCAAGGAAACGGUAAUUCAAACCGCACUCAGAUAACAAUCCCGCGACGAGAAAGCGAAGUUAACGAAGUAAUCAGAAGGCCUCACCUUCCUCCUGACGCGAGCGCACAAGGAGGAGGUGGAACUAUGACUGCAUCAGAUGUAGCAAAUAUUUUAAGGAGCAGUCUACGUAGGCAAGUUCUCAGGUCCAAUAGUAUGUCAAGUCAAGUUAGUUCUAGUGUUGAGCAUUUAGUACGCAAUGCUGUGCCAAUCAAUCAAGAUUCUUUAGUGUUCAAUAACGAAAAUAUCAAAAAUAAUUCUACGCAAAGCCCCAUCAAUUGAUGAAUUGAUUUGAACUUUGCGUAAUACUUAGGCAUAAUAUGUAAGUCGGUAGCACAUAUUGUGCCUUUAAUUUUGUGAUUUUUAAUUUUUAUUUUUUUCCAAACGGAAAAAAAUUGGAAAAUGAGUUUUUGACAGGCAAGGACUUUGCCACAGAGCCGAUUAUUUUUAGAUGAUUUUCAAACUCUUCAGGGCUCACAUUUUAAUUCAUCUAUUAUUUUAGGAUUUUUUUCUUUUUUUUUUCCAUUUAUUCUUAAAUUUCCUUCUCAGUAAGGAACAUAAGAUUUUAAAAGUCACCGCAAAUACCCUCUCAAUGCAGGGUAACUUUUAUGUAGCUGACUUUAAAAUCAGCCUGACCUUCAUUCUUCUCAUUAUUCCAAGUUUGUGCUUGUGAGCCCCUUUAACUCAAUGAAAUCCACGAUCUCAACUUGAAGGUGGAGUUGUUCUAUUCUAAUCAGAUUUUACGGGUAAAAAUCAAAUAAGUAAUGUGCAACUAAUCUGGUGUAAAAUUUCCUGUUCAUUUACUGCAUUUUUCGCUCGUAAUUUUCUGUCUCAUUCACCUACGAGGUUUUAGAAAAAGCAGCUUUUGGAAAUUUGUCGUCUUUUAUCGGCAAUUCUUGGUGCUGUUUUUGAAGUUCAAAGUUGAACCAAUUGGAUAAUCAACAGUUUUUCGAGGCUCUGAAAUCUUUGGUUAAACUGUCUGUUGUUUGGAACAGACUCUCUUUUUUAGCCUUUUGAUUCCCCUCUCUUAAGAAUUUUUCAGGGGUCUAUCUGUGCUUGAGAAGCUAUCAAUAAAUUUAAUGAUAAUUUUUGUCUCAGGAUGGGACUUUUUGUUGCCUUGUAAGUUUUUCUGAGUGAAAAAUCUCAAAGUGCAAUUAUAAAAAUACUGCAUACAUAGUAUUAAAUUGGGACCCUUCAAUGCUGAUUCUAAAUUUUUAAGAAUUCUUUUGCUCAGAGAAUUUUUUGUUCCUUCUCCUGCUUCUUCAAGAGGAUUAAUACAAGUUAGGUGUUUUGCCUUUUCAUUGCCCCUGUAGAUAAUAUUUGAGUUCCUACCCUCCUCAUGGUGAAAUGUGAUUAAAAUAGGAGCAAGACACAUCUGUUCGACUCUUUAUUUUCUUUACUUGACCUCUGAAACAGAGUUAUGUCAAUUUUAUUUCUGUAACAGCAGUAAAUCAAAUUGCAAAGUUAAGAAUAAUUUUUUAUAAAAGUCUAUUCAAGUUCCUCUCAGUUACUUCAAUAGUCAAAUGUUGCGCUUAAGGAACAGUUGUUUCUUUGAGUUGAUAAUUUUGCAGUAAUUAUAUUAAAUGAGAAGAUUUCUUUUUCUUUUUUAAAUUUA